CAAAUAUCCGACCCGACCCUUUUUAAGACCGUGUGAUCCAUUUUAAAAUAAAAUAAAAUAAAUUCAAUAUUCCACGGCUCCGAUUAUCGCUCUUGCUCUUUUUCAUUUUUCUUCUAUUCCAAGAUUUUGACAUAUCCGCUUCUGCCAUUGAAGAGAUCUUAGUUUUAAGCGAGCUCAGCGCGUCAAACGCUGCACGCGCUUUAAAACGAUAACGUUUUGGCAUGUAUCUAAAGAAAUGAACGAAACUCACUCUAUCUUUGUGUUCUUUCUUUGAUUCACGGUUCCAAUUCGCAUCUUCUUCUGGUUCAUUGUGAGAAGAAACGAUGUCGUUUUGGCGCUAAAGAUUUUAUUUAAUUCUGAAAAAAAUGUUAUAAUCUGUUUUUAUUUCUUUAAAUCACUUAAUUUUUCGUGUUGAAAAUUUCGCUUUCUUUCAAUAUUUUUAAAUUUAUUUGGAGCUUUUAAUUAAGUUUGCAUUGCUUAAAAAUUCUUCUAUUACUGUGCCCAGAGUGCUGGAUUUGAAGGUGUGACUAAGGGCUUUGCUCUGAUGAGUUGAGUUUGUGCUGUUUGUCGAGUUUUAUAACGUGGGAGAAGUGAAACUUUUUGAGAUGGGGAUUUUUGAUGGAUUUCCCAUUCCUCCUGAUAAAGAAUAUUUAAGGGAUGAGCUUUCAAGAAUAGAUGAGAGUUGGGCGACUGCACGUUUUGAUUCACUGCCUCAUGUUGUCCGUAUCCUGACAUCAAAAGAUCGUGAAGGCGAGGUCCAGAUUUUAAAGGAGCAAAGUGAUGUUGUUGAGGAUGUUGUAGAUGAAGUUGUGCAUGCUUAUCACGGUGGCUUCAACAAAGCAAUUCAAAAUUAUUCUCAGAUCUUGCGGUUGUUCAGUGAAUCUACUGAAAGUAUUGGUGUCUUAAAGGUUGAUUUGGCUGAGGCCAAGAAACGUCUUGGUGCACGCAAUAAACAAUUGCAUCAGUUGUGGUAUCGAUCUGUUACUUUGCGUCACAUAAUCUCCUUGUUAGAUCAGAUUGAGGGCAUAGCUAAGGUUCCUGCUCAUAUCGAGAAGCUCAUUUCUGAAAAGCAAUUUUAUGCUGCACUUCAAUUGCAUGUUCAGUCAACAUUAAUGCUUGAGCGAGAGGGCCUCCAAACGGUUGGUGCUCUCCAAGAUGUUCGAUCUGAACUGACAAAGUUGCGAGGUGUUCUGUUCUAUAAAGUUUUGGAGGAUUUGCAUGCACAUCUUUACAAUAAGGGUGAAUACAGCUCAGUUGCUUUAAGCAUGCAUGAAAAGGAUGAUGAAGUGCCAACAACCACAGCUGUUGCAUUUACAGCAAAUACUUCACAACCUGUGUCUAGAAGAACCAGGUCAGUGAGAGGUGAUAGUCAGUUUGGCAGUCAGGGACUUGUAGAUGGAUCAUACAGGUCAGGUUCCAUUGAUGGAGGUUCAUCAUAUGAUGGCCUCGACGAGGAUGGUUCUUUGGAGCCACAUGACGAAAGGCUUAACGGUGGUGAUGGAAAGGAUGUCAAAAUCGUAUCCCAACAAAUCCCAUUGUGGCUAUUGAAUUCCACUCCUGAUGAAUUUGUUGAAACAAUUAAAAAGAGUGAUGCUCUAGUUCAUGUGAAGUAUGUGCAAACUCUGGUGGAGUGCCUCUGCUUGCUUCAUAAAGUAGCAGCAGCUGGUGCUGUAAUAUGCCAACGACUGAGGCCCACAAUUCAUGAGAUUAUCACAUCAAAGAUUAAAGCCCAUACAGAAUUCAUUAAUUCUUCAAGGUCUGGAAUUGAUAAAGUCACUCGAACUGGUACUACCAGUCUCCACUUUAUGAAGGGACAGUUAGAAGGCUACCAGUUACCGAAACAGAAGCGCCAGAAUGGGAUAUCAUUGGCAGGGACUCUGUUGGCAGUGAACCCUGUCUCGCCUGUGAUGGCUCCUACAGGAAAAGCACAGGCUGCUGCAAAAGGGCUUCUUGAUUCAAUUUUGGAUUCUGUUGUUCGGAUAUUUGAGAAUCAUGUUGUUGUUGGAGAGCUUAUUGAGGCGAAAUCUUCCCUACAAAGUGACACGAUCACACCCAAGUCAAUGUCAAAAGAUUUAAACCUUGAUUCUGAAGCAUCUCAAGUUACUGGAGGCUACAGUAUUGGCUUUUCCUUGACAGUUUUACAGAGUGAAUGCCAACAACUAUGUGAGAUUCUUCGGGCAACCCCUGAGGCUGCAUUGGCAGAUGCUGCUGUACAAACCGCCAGGCUUGCAAGCAAGGUUCCUACAAAAGAAAAGAGGCAAGUAACUAGAGUCUCUUGUGAUGAUACUUGGAGGAAAAGAAAAAUUGAUGGUGUUGGUUACAAGGAUGGGUCAGCAGAUGGACUCACUUUUGCUUUUCGUUUCAGAGAUGCCAUAGUAUCAGUUCCCAACCAGGGAGUUGAUCUCAUUUGCCAAGGAUGGAGUAGGAGGGGUCCCAAUGUUUUACAAGAAGGUUAUGGCUCUGCAGCUGUCUUGCCUGAGCAAGGCAUUUAUCUAGCAGCAACUAUAUACCGGCCUGUUCUUCAGUUUACAGAUAAGAUUGCUUCUAUACUGCCGAAAAAGUAUUCCCAGCUUGGGAAUGAUGGAUUGCUAACCUUUGUGGAGAACUUUGUGAAGGACCACCUUUUACCAACCAUGUUUGUUGACUACCGGAAAGGCCUACAACAAGCUAUAUCAAGUCCAGCUGCAUUUCGGCCACGGGCACAUACUAGUGUUUCAUAUGCUUCAACCAUUGAGAAGGGUCGACCUGUCUUGCAAGGGCUUCUGGCUAUUGAUUUCUUAGCCAAAGAGGUGCUUGUUUGGGCUCAAGCAAUGCCUAAAUUUGCUGCUGACCGUGUGAAAUAUGUGCAAACUUUCCUUGAGCGAACCUAUGAAAGAUGUCGAACUUCAUACAUGGAGGCAGUUCUUGAGAAGCAGAGCUAUAUGCUCAUUGGAAGGCAUGAUAUUGAGAAAUUGAUGCGCCUUGAUCCAGCUAGUGCAUGUUUACCAAAUGGCUUGGUCAGGUCAAAAGUGGAGAAGGUAAUUACUUCUGAUGCGGGAAGUGUUGAGGUUGAAUCAGAACUAAGCGAACUUCUCUUAAAUUUGCGUCCUAUUAAGCAGGAAAAUCUAAUUUGUGAUGACAAUAAACUUGUUUUGCUGGCAUCCCUGAGUGAUUCAUUGGAGUAUGUUGCAGACUCAAUUGAAAGACUUGUACAAACAACCCCACAAACAUCAAAUCAUGUGGAGAGUGGCAAGCCUCGCCGUACACGAGCAAGCAGUUCACCUGCUAGGAACAUGGCAUCUUUUGCAGAUGAGUACAGAAAACUAGCAAUUGAUUGCUUGAAAGUUUUACGUGUGGAGAUGCGGUUGGAGACAAUUUUCCACAUGCAGGAAAUGACAGAUAGGGAAUACAUGGAAAACCAAGAUGCAGAAGAGCCAGAUGACUUCAUUGUUUCACUUAUUGCACAGAUAACAUGCAGGGAUGAGGAAAUGGCGCCUUUUGUUGCUGCAGUGAAGCGGAAUUACAUAUUUGGUGGAAUAUGUAGUAUUGCUGCAAAUGCAUCCAUUAAGGCUUUGGCCGACAUGAAAUCGAUCAACUUGUUUGGAGUUCAGCAGAUAUGUCGGAAUUCAAUUGCUCUAGAACAGGCCCUUGCAGCUAUCCCUUCAAUUGACAGUGAAGCUGUACAGCAGAGAUUAGAUCGUGUUCGAACCUAUUAUGAACUGUUAAACAUGCCAUUUGAGGCCUAGCUUGCCUUCAUUACAGAGCAUGAGCACUUGUUUACAGCUGCAGAGUAUGUUAAUCUUCUAAAAGUCGGGGUCCCAGGAAGGGAGAUACCUCCUGAUGCACAAGAUCGAGUAUCGGAGAUUAUAUCCCAUUAGCACUCCAAAUUGACUUGAUUUCUGAUCUGCCGAAAUUAUAUGAUCUUAUCUUUCUUAGAUAAUUACUCGUAUCCUAAUCGGUACAGCAUGGUGCGUAAGCCUUUUCCGUAAAAGUUAUUGUUCAACAUGUGCCAACUAACAGUAAAUUUGUCACGUAUCAGAGAUAUGAGGUUUGUUAUAUUGCAUUUGUAAUUAUAAUUUAUUCUGUGUAGUAUCAAUUUUUUUGAGCUGUGUGUUUCUGCAUGAGGGUUUUUUGGUGCUUUUGUCUAGUGUGGGUGACGACAGAGUGAAAGUACAAAUAUCAUGUUAUGCUGCCAACUAUAUGCUCGUUGUCUUGUUGUUAUGGACAUCCAAUAUUGUAUCUUCUAAUCUCCAUAACAAGUUCAAGUUCAAUAUGAAACUUCAAUUCUAAUGAGUAUGGUAUAUCCACUGAGAACUGAGACAUCUUUUAUGCAUCACGCUGUUUUGGAUGUUUAUUGAUUCUGACUGCUAUACUUGUGAUUAACUAUAGGACUAAUUCUAAUCGACAGAUUUUUUAAAUUUUGCAACAGCUUUAAUGAUUUA